AUGCUGCGCCGUAUACCCCAUAAUCUGAAUCAGCAAAGCUGCGAUGCCACAGUUCAUCUUAUUCAAGGCGUAUUGAAUUCGGGCGUUGACGUCACCAAAAUCUUUGUCGACACGGUCGGUGAGCCCAAUGCUUACGCUGCGAAGCUGAAGCAAUACUUUCCGCGGCAUAGCCACAUUGAAUGGAUCGUAGCCCGUAAGGCAGAUGCCACGUACCCGAUCGUUGGCGCUGCAAGUAUUGCUGCGAAGGUGACACGCGAUGCUUGUGUCGACCAUUGGAUGUAUGCCGAACCACUUCAGUCCGUGCACCAUCCAGAGAUAUCGAAAUCCAGCGGAAAACGCAAGCGUGGUAAUAACGAUGACGAAGAAACAGAUAUAUGGGCAACUGGAAGCGGAUACCCAGGCGAUCCCAAAACAGUGCGGUAUUUAAAAGAAACGCUCGAUCCUGUCUUCGGAUGGGCAAGACUUGUGCGAUUUAGCUGGGCCACAGCGAAGUCUAUGCUUGAAGAACCUGUGCAUGUGCGUCAAGACCUCACCUCGAUGUUGGGUACGACGUAUCCAUCGUCCACCCGCGCUUACCCAGUACGCUGGAUUGAUGAUGCCCAAAAGCAAGGCAAGCAGCAAUCGACUCUUGCUAACUUUUUUAGCAAGCAGCAGAAACCAGCGUCGAAUCGUAGAUCUAUUACUACUCAGGCAACUGCACCAGACACCCGGCAGGUAUGGCUCAACGAUCGAAAAUUGCUAUCCGAACAUCAACCUCAUCUAUGGCAACAACUUGCCCUUGCUCCAUCCUCUGCUACAGAUUUCUUCUAG